CAUAAUCCCAAAACUAUCCCUAUAUUUAAUCUAAUUGAACACAAUUUGAAUUUAAAAAAAAAAGUUAAUGGAAAAAAGGAAAAAAAUUUUGAAAGGCAAUCGAAAACAAAAAAAGAAAAAAAGGUAUAGAUAUGCAUCAUAGAGAACAAGAGUUUGCGAGAAGAAUCAAAAAAAAAAUUAUGGAAAACCCAUAGAUUGAUGAAUAAGAGAAGGGAGAAUUGGUUUUACUUUAAUUUUUUCAAGUAAAAUCGACCAUAACACGUUUUAGGAAGUUUAAAUAUUAUUAGGAGAUUUUUAGAAUAUUUCCUUAACUGAAAUUUUAUUAAUUUUCGCAAAAAAUCAGGUAUUCUUAUCCGUAGAAGGCGACUUCUAAAAGUUUAGAAGAAUGAUAAAAAUUCUGAAUACAUUUUCUACUUUGAGUAGACGUAAGAGUACAUUAUAGAAAAUACAUUCUCCGAAAUUUAGAAUACUUUAUAAACGUAGAAGAUGCAUUCGGAAAGAAAGUGGAUACCUUUACGAUUAGUAGAAUGCGCAUUCCUCUUUUUUAGAAAUUUAGUAAAUAGUAAAAUGGGUGUUCUAAAAGAAGUAGAUGAACGUGUUUAUUUUAGAAAUUGUUUUCUACUAUACUAUUUUUCGUUGAAGACGCAUUCUACUUUUAGUAGAACGUAUCUUAAAAAUCUUAUUUACCAAGUUUUUAAACAAAAGAAAAUUACCAGCUUGUGUAUAUAGAUUUUUUAUUAAUUGUUUAUAUUUUUAAUAAUUUUUUUGAUUCUCAAAAUUAUUUAUUUCAUUAGUUUUCAGAAAUACAAAGGGUAAAAAAGAGAAAAAAUGGACAAAAUUAGUUUUAUACCAAAGGGACAAUAACCUGAUUUUUUUGUUCUAUUUGGGCAAUUUUCCCAAUUAUAAUUUGAACAAGUUGACCUUUCGUAAAGAUGGACUUAAAUUAGGCACAUUUUGUAACAUUUUGGCACAUUUUGUAGGGGACAGUUAUUACAUCUUUUUACAAAUUACGGACUUUUUGAAAAUCUCGGUUAUUUUUGGCAACAGAACUGAAUAGAAAAGAUAAAAAAGUAUAUGGGGGCGUUCCGAGAAUCGAACUCGGGACCUCUCGCACCCAAAGCGAGAAUCAUACCACUAGACCAAACGCCCUCGUUGCUAAAUCAGCUGAAUGCUUAUUUAUAUUCCAUGUAAAAAAUCUGUAGCUGGGCUGUUAACGGGCCUCGCAAUAGUUAUGAUAGAAGAAGUCACGUGCGGAUCAUGUGGUGUCUGUUCUUCUCAAGAAGAGAAUACAGAAAAAAGAUCCCUAAAGCUUUACCUUUACUGAGAGUAUCGCAUCACUCUCUCUAAAUAUCCAUAAGCCCUCCACAACUUUCCCGCCUUUGUCUCACUCUCUUCCCGCCUCGACUCUCCAUGGUUCAGAAGCAGCUAUCCGCCGCCGGUCCAGGCCCCGAGCCCAAGAAACGCCGCCGUGUCGGAUUCUCUCCCGCCGAUACUGGUGUGGAGGCUAACGAGUGCAUCAAAAUUUAUCUCGUUUCUAGCAAAGAGGAAGUGGGUUUUCCUGAAGUUCCUUGUGUUAAUCCAGUUGAUUUAAACGACUUUUUUGAUGGAGAUGGAAAAAUAUAUGGCUACCAUGGUUUGAAGAUAAACGUAUGGAUUAAUAGCAUUUCAUUGCAUUCAUAUGCUGAUAUUACAUACAAGAGCACAACCAAUGGAGACAAAGGCAUCACGGACCUCAAAUCUGCUUUACAGAACAUAUUUGCUGAGACUAUUGUUGAUAACAAGGAUGAAUUUCUGAAUACCUUUUCAACAGAGAAAGAUUUUAUCAGGAAUAUGGUCUCAAACGGAGAGGUAGUGCAUUCUGGAGUGAUAGAUGGAAGCAGAAUCAAUGCUCAAGUGGAACCUAUAGAUCUCCAGGUUCUACGGAUGGAAAUUGGCUCUCCAAAUGCUGGACUCCUCUAUAGCCGAUUGGUGCCCCUUGUUCUUCUUUUUGUCGAUGGCAGCAACCCGAUUGAUGUCACUGAUCCUGACUGGCAUUUAUAUCUCUUAAUUCAAAAGAAGGAGCAUAAAGAAGAGCCUUUGUAUCAAAUUUUGGGCUUUACUGCAGUUUAUAAAUUCUACCGUUACCCUGACAGGUUAAGGAUGCGACUCAGCCAGAUCUUGGUCCUGCCUUCCUUCCAAGGCAAAGGUUUUGGAAGCUAUCUGGUGGAGGUUGUAAACAAAGUGGCCACAGCAGAAAACGUAUACGAUCUGACAGUAGAAGAGCCAUCAGAGAAGUUCCAACACAUUCGCACUUGCAUAGACAUAAACCGCUUGCGCGCAUUCGACCCUAUCAAACCAGCCAUUGAUUCAGCUGUUCAGACUCUCACAAAGGGUAAGCUAUCAAAGAAAGCUCAGACACCUCGAUUCACUCCGCCUCUGAAUGCCAUUGAGAAAGUCCGUGAAACUCUGAAGAUCAACAAGAAACAGUUCCUCAAGUGCUGGGAGAUCUUGAUAUAUCUCGCGCUUGAUCCUAUUGACAAAUACAUAGAGGAUUACACAUCUGUCAUCACGAACCAUGUGAGAGCUGACAUUCUUGGGAAAGAUAUAGAAGCUCCAAAAAAACAGGUCGUGGAUGUUCCAACCUUGUUCGCAGCUGAAGCAUCGUUUGUGGUUUUCAAGUCUCUCAAUGGAGAAGAAGCUAUUCAAGUUGAUGAAAACAAACCGGAUCAAGAGGAGCAGCUGAAGCAAUUGGUUGAAGAAAGGAUUCGUGAGAUUAAGUUGGUUGCUGAGAAAGUCUCAAAGUUAAGGAUCUGAUUCGAAUAAAAACUUUUUUUAUUGAGCGAUGUCACUUUAGAAAAGACCAUCUGUUUGUAUACGCUUUGUACCUCUCUGUUACGGAGGUUUGAGUAAACUAAUGUAGUUCCGGUUUAGCGGUUUCUUCCGGUUAUGACAUUUAUAGCAGAAUU